GGGGGGGGGUUGUCACCACUUGCCACCCAAGACGCAAUUCAGCAGCAGCAAUUACCAUUAUCUGUUUCCCACUUUUGGCUAAUCGGACGGAAUAUGCAAUGAUGAAGCGCGUUUCCUGCUGUCAUUGGGAGGUAGCAGGGUUUAUUCUCCUAUGGGGUUACACCUACCGUCAUUAAGAUUUUGGCACUUGACUAAUUCAGGUACUUAGCAUCAUAUAGACAGGGACAAUCUGCACGCUGGCCGUGUUUGCCGUGCAGAGUAGUGUUUAUAUAAACAGCAUCACUCUGUAAACGACACUAAUAUUUGAGUUCCAUAUUUGAUGGUGCUCACAUCUCGGCUCGUGCUCCGGAGUCUACAGUUGACGCGUUGGGUAGCACGUCAGUAGCACCACCACUUCUUCUAUCAAGGAUCGUAUGCACUAACGGUUUAGGAUCAAAUGAUGUCGGCGCCUGCUAAAAUAAGUUUUACAGUGAGAAGCAUUUUGGAUUUACCAGAACAUGAUGCUGAAACCGCCCAUAACCAUUCUCCAGAAACCUACUCCAGCUUACCCUACACGGAAUGGUUAGACUCUGACAGAAGCCAUUGCCUCUCCUCUGACGAAAGCAGCGCGGAGACUUUACCGGAUUCGACACAGAAAGAUGAACCGUCGUCCGAGACAGAGGCUGAGAAGAAGAAAAAACGACGAGUUCUUUUCUCGAAAUCCCAGACGUUCGAACUGGAGAGACGGUUUAGACAGCAGCGCUAUCUGUCUGCCCCAGAACGGGAGCAACUCGCCCACCUUCUCAGCUUAACACCAACGCAGGUGAAAAUAUGGUUCCAGAACCACAGGUACAAAAUGAAGAGAGCCAGGGCAGAGGGACACAUAGAUAUCAACCAGUCUCCAUUGAUUCGGAGAGUGGUGGUACCAGUUCUGGUUAGAGACGGGAAACCUUGUCAUACAUGUGUCAUCAACCCGGUACAUUAUCAGGACAAACAAAGUGUCAGUCUGCCCGCGUCAGCAGCUGCACACCCCACCUUCACACUCCACGGGUACCAGCAUCUGCAGCACCCGACACCACUGGCAUUAUUUCCCGGUUACCAGCACUUAUCUCACCCAGCAGGAACGAGACACCACUGGAGUUGGUAACGCAGACCCUUUGCGUUCAGACUUGAAUGAGACUGUUGGAGCUGUUCCUUUUGUGUAUGGGGAAGUUAUGAUUCAAUAACAACAGGAUUCACACUGUAGAUGCUGUUAUUGACUGUAACCUGCAACUCUUCCAUCACUGCCGACCAGAACUGCUCAAUCCCCCCUCCCCUCCCCCCCCAAUGUGUAAACCGAUGUGGCUUUUUCUGCCAUUUUUUGGGAGAAAAAAUAUUAAACGUGCAUUGUAAAUAAUGGUUUGUUCCUGGUAGCAUUGUUCCGGGUGCCUCAUAGCUGGCUAAGGCUUUGUAUAGAAUGAAUUUGGUUGAGUCUAUUAAGCUAGUAUUUUAACAUGUUGGACCAAGGCUUAAGCAUUUGGGAAAAUAAUGGAAAACAUCUGACACAUGCCUCGAUUAGGAUUGGCUGAUGGUUUCUACACAGAUGUGUACAGUUACACUUGUAUACUUGCCUUGUAUCGUUAGUGUAUGAGAUUUUCUUUGUACUGUAGGCAAUGAACUUUGAAUAUAUGUGUUUUUUUCCCCCAUUUCGGGAGACUUGUUAUGUGAACUAUCAAACUGGCAACCAAAAGGAUAUUGUAUUUUUGCAAGUUUAAAUGAAAUGUAAUAAAUUACUUUUUUUU